UCUGGUGCGAGUGUACUAUGUUGCUAGCCAAAGUCACCAUUUGAAUGCGCCCAGCUUGGAUCCUCGUGGGCUCAGAGAAGGGAUCUGCACCCGCAGACUGUAGCAGCUCAUCCUUGUAUGCAGAGUAACAGCAUCACUAAGGUGGAGCAAGGUCUAGCCUGGGUCCUUUAGUUGAGACAGAAACCUGGAUGGUUGCAGUGAACUUGAGUCAAUCUCGUGCUGCCUUUUCCCUGGGAUUCAGCUACCAGCUUUCCUCUGGCUGCCAGCUAAAGCCUGGGCUUUGUAUGGGUGAAGAAAUAGGAUUUGUUCCUUCCUCCACUAGUUAGACUUGUAUCAUAAGAGCAAGAGAAAUGAAGAUAGCUUUGGCCGUUCUGAGAGAUCUAAAGCCAAUCUGUUUUCUAGAUUUCUUUCUUUCCCCUUCUUAUCAGAACAACUGUCUUUUUUUCAGAGUACCCCUGAGGAGAAGUGAUCGUCUUCAGUUCUCACAACCAUGGCUGGGGGAUCAGUGACGUUCAGUGAUGUGUCUGUAGACUUCUCUCAGGAGGAGUGGGAGUGCCUGGACCCCACUCAGAGGGACCUGUACAGGGAUGUGAUGUUGGAGAACUAUAGCCAUCUUGUUGCAAUGGGACUUUACAUUCCUAAGCCUCAAGUGAUUUCAUUAUUGGAACAAGGGAAAGAACCCUGGAUGAUUGGCAAAGAGCUGACCAGAGGCCUGUGUUCAGAUCUGGAGUCAAUGUGUGAAAGCAAGUUGUUAUCGCUAAAGAAAGAAGUUUAUGAAAUAGAGUCUUGUCAGAGGGAAAUGAUAGGACUAACAAAGCCUGGCCUGGAGUACUCGACCUUUAGAGGUGUUUUAGACUAUGGAACCCACUUUGCAAGUCAACUGGGAUAUCAAAAUGGACCUUUCAGCCAAGAAAUAUUGACUCAUGAAAAUAUGCCCACAUUUCUUCAGCAGACAUUCCUUACUUUACAUCAAAUAAUUAAUAAUGGAGAGAAACCCUAUGAAUGUAAGAAAUGUGGAAAGGCUUUUAGUCAGAGCUCACAAUUUAUUCAACAUCAGAGAAUUCAUAUUGGUGAAAAAUCUUUUGAAUGUAAGGAAUGCGGGAAAUUCUUUAGUUGUGGAUCACAUGUUACUCGACAUCUGAAAAUUCAUACUGGUGAAAAACCAUUUGAAUGUAAAGAAUGUGGGAAGGCCUUCAGUUGUAGUUCAUACCUUUCUCAACAUCAAAGAAUUCAUACCGGUAAGAAACCCUAUGAAUGCAAGGAAUGUGGAAAGGCCUUUAGUUAUUGUUCAAAUCUUAUUGAUCAUCAGCGAAUUCACACUGGAGAAAAACCCUAUGAAUGUAAAGUAUGUGGAAAAGCCUUCACCAAGAGCUCACAACUUUUUCAACACGUAAGAAUCCACACAGGUGAGAAACCGUAUGAAUGUAAACAGUGUGGCAAAGCCUUUACCCAGAGUUCCAAGCUUGUUCAGCAUCAGAGAACUCAUACAGGUGAAAAACCCUAUGAGUGCACACAGUGUGGCAAAGCUUUUAGUAGUGGAUCAGCACUUACGAAUCACCAGAGAAUUCACACCGGUGAGAAACCCUAUGAGUGCAAGGAAUGUGGGAAGGCUUUUACUCAGAGUUCACAACUUCGUCAACAUCAAAGGAUUCAUGCUGGUGAGAAACCCUUUGAAUGUCUUGAAUGUGGGAAGGCUUUUACCCAGAAUUCACAACUCCUUCAGCAUCAAAAAAUUCAUACAGAUGAAAAGCCAUAUGAAUGUAAUGAAUGUGGAAAGGCCUUUAAUAAAUGUUCCAAUCUGACUCGACACAUAAAGAUUCACACUGGUAAGAAGCCCUAAGACUGGAAGGAAUGUGGGAAGGCAUUUAAUAGUGGCUCGGAUCUCCUAUAUCAUCAGGGACAUCAUCUAUUGAUCUUCACAGAUACUUGCUAUAAAAGUCCCACACUUACUUUGUUUGAGGUACUUCUUGUUCAUGGUACUGGUUCACAUCCUGCCGAGCUAAGUCCUGCACGGUAUGGUCCUCAUCCCGGCUUCGCCUCGCGCUGGAUUCUGGGAGGUGACGUCUCUGGUUUCGGUCGCUGGUCCCGUUUUCAGAGCCUGCGGUCCCGGGAGGACUUUGUUCUUCUCCAAAAGAGAAAACUAAAUAAGGAAGCAGGGAUGGCUGUUGGGCUUUGUAAAGCCAUGUCCCAGGGAUUGAUGACAUUCAGAGAUGUGGCUCUGGGCUUUACCCAGGAAGAGUGGGGGUGGCUGAACAGGUCUCAGAAGGAUUUGUACAGAGAGGUCAUGCUGGAGAACUACAGGAACUUGGUAUGGCUCGGACUCUCCAUAUCUAAACCCUAUGUGAUAGCCUUAUUGGAGCAAGGCAAGGAACCUUGGGCCCCGGAGAGGCAGAUGUCACGUGGACAACACGCAGACUUGGAGUCUUGGUGUAAAAUCAAGCAAUUAUCUCCAAAAUGUUUCGUUGAUGAAGAAGAAAUAUCCCAGGGAAUGGUGAUGGGAAGACUUAGAAGAAAUGGCCUUGAAUGCUCUAAUUUCAAAGAACCCUGGAAAUAUGUGAGUGAAUUUGAGCGUCAAGGAGAUCAGAAGAGACAUUUCAAGCAAGUGACAACUCCUAAGGUGAUCUCUAAUGGGAAGAACGACAAUGAAUAUUAUAAUUCUGAUGAGACCAUUUCUCUGAAAUCACAAUUUUUAGCGCAACAGAGAGUUCCUGCAUUACACCACAUACAUAAAUUUCAUAUGUAUGAUAAAAUAUUUUCCCCAAGUUCACUCAUAAUUGACUGUAAAAGACUCCAUGCUGAGCAGGGAUCUUUGAUAGGUAAUGAAAGUGACGAAUUCAUCCAGAGAACACACUUCUGUAAAGCUACAGGAAUUCCUUCUGGUGAGAAGCUAUAUGAAGGUAAUGGUUUUUCAAACUUCUUUGGUUUCCACUCAUUACUUUCUCAACAUCCAACUUCUCAUUUUGGAAGAUUAACCCAUGAUUAUGAUGCAUGUAGUGGUGCUUUUAGCUGUUACCCAUUCUUUACACAACCUCAUAGAAUUCACAAUGGAGAGAAACCAUAUAUAUGCAAUAUCUGUGGAAAAGCCUUUAGCCAUGUCUUCUUUCUUAGUAAACAUCAGAGAAUUCAUAAUGGAGAAAAACCUUAUGAAUGUAAGGAAUGCCACAAAGCCUUCAGACAGAGUGCACACCUUGCGCAACAUCAGAGAAUCCACACAGGGGAGAAACCCUUCGUAUGCAGUGACUGUGGAAAGGCAUUUAGUCGUUAUGCCUUCCUGGUUGAACAUCAGAGAAUUCACACAGGAGAAAAACCAUAUGAAUGUAAGCACUGUAACAAAGCCUUCAGACAAAGCGCACAUCUUAAUCAACAUCAGAGAAUUCACACUGGAGAGAAACCUUAUAAGUGUAAUCAUUGUGGAAAAGCCUUCAGCAGACGCAUAGCUCUUACUCUGCAUGUAAGAAUUCAUACAGGAGAGAAACCCUUCGAAUGCAGUGAAUGUGGAAAGACUUUUGGCUAUCGUUCACACCUUAAUCAACAUCAGAGAAUUCAUACCGGAGAAAAGCCCUAUGAGUGCAUUCAAUGUGGCAAGUGUUUUAGAACUGACUCACAACUUAACCGACACCACAGAAUUCAUACUGGAGAGAGACCAUUUGAGUGCACUAAAUGUGGGGAAGCCUUCAGUGAUGCUUUAGUUCUAAUUCACCAUAAGAGAAGUCAUGCAGGAGAGAAACCCUAUGAAUGCAAUGAAUGUGGGAAAGCCUUCAGCUGUGGCUCAUAUCUUAAUCAGCAUCAGAGAAUUCAUACUGGGGAGAAACCCUAUGAAUGUAAUGAAUGUGGGAAAGCUUUCCAUCAGAUCUUGUCCCUUAGGCUACACCAGAGAAUUCAUACUGGGGAGAAACCCUAUGAAUGUAAUGAAUGUGGGGAUAAUUUUACUUGUGCCUCAGCUCUUAGACGGCAUCAGAGAAUUCAUAAUAGAGAAACUCUCUGAUUAUAAUGAGUGUAGGAAGGAAAAUAUGUAGUUACCCCUCCAUCUUUAUGUAGUAUCAGUGAAUUAUUUCUAGGUAGUCUAUGAAUGUAGUACAUAUACAAAAGCCCUCAUUUCAUAAGCAUCCAUUAUUGGAAUAGCCAGAAUAGGACACAUUUGUUGCUUUUUUAUCUGUUCUUUACCCGUAUCUGUGCCAUACUCAAUAUAUAUAAUUCUAAUGAAACUGAAGUAGGGAAAAUAGUGCUUUGGUCACCCAAUGGCCAGUUAUUCCACUGAUCAAUUGAUAAAGGAUUGGCAAAUUGGCCUUAUCUAGACCCAUAAAGCCCCUUGGGCGUAUUGUUAUGGGUAGUAAGAUUUUUCCCUGGAAUUGGAGGUUUCAGGGGUUCAAUAAGUCCAAUAAUUUUUUGCUACUUGCUGAGGAAAGCCUUCCUAAAGACAAACAGAAUUAUAGAAAAAUGGACUUGAGAGACAGAAAUCUGAUAACACUAAUCUCCUGAAUUCUUGUGAUCUAAUACAUUCCCUUUUAUUUUUGCACAAAUUAAUUUAAAUUAGGUUUUGCUUCUUGGAAUUGGUAACUUAGGGUAAGUGCCAGCUUACCCUAUGCUCACUGUAUCUGUGAGAAGGCCUUAAUCUUUUAUGUGACAUAUUUGGUUAUGCUGAAGAUAAAAAUUGUGAUAUAAUAAGUAGUGAAAAUUUAAUAUACAACUUUCAUCAACUUGGCAAAUGAUUACAUUUUAUUUGUUGAUGGAAAUUGAUAUUUAUUAGUAUGAUUCACAUCACGUAUAAAUAUUUUAAAAUUCACCCAGUAAAAUUUUUUUAAAUAUUUUUUCUUCAGGAGUUGAGGUUGUUUUUACAUGACUUAUUAUACAGGAAAUGGAAAGCUAAGAGAAUAAUGAACCCAUCAUUUAGUGAAUGACUCUUCAUUUUAAAGAAAUACUUUAAGUAUUGGUUUAAACAUAGUACACAGCAGCAUAUAAUAUGACAGGAUUCUAAAUGAGUU